AAGGAAUCAUUAAGCUGUGAUGGUUUUAUUAAAUGGAUACCAAUUUUUGAUAUUGAGAAUAUAAAACUACUCGAACAGGGAGGAUAUUCAAAAAUAUAUUCAGGCAUAUGGAAACCAUUCAAAUCAAAAAAUAAAUUUAAUAACAAACAAAAACUUCCAAGUUUGAAUGUCAUUUUGAAAGUUUUGAAGAAUUCACAGGAUUUAAACGAUAAAUUUCUCAAUGAAAAGUGUCUUGGAGUAUGCGUCAUACCUUUUUAUGGGCUAACAAAACAUUUGGAAACAUCAGAAUAUGUGAUGAUAAUGAAACAAGCAACUCAAGGAGACUUGCGUAACUUUAUAUGUUCUCAUAAAUCUAAAAUCUCAUGGGAAAAAAGAGCAAUUAUACUUGUCAACAUUGCAAAAUCUUUAAAUUCACUUCAUAAAUUAGACAUUAUCUAUCGAGAUUUUCAUAGCCGAAAUAUCCUUAUUGAUGAUAAUAUGAAAGUGUUUAUCAGUGACUUUGGUCUUUCUGGACCAGUAAAUUUGCAAAUAGCUUUCUUUACUCCACCAUUUAUGGAUAGAUCUCAUGAUAUUCAUUUAGCUAUUGACAUUGUGUCGAAAGAUGUUCGUCCAUUAAUUAUAGAUGGCAAUAAAAUUCCUAAAUUUUAUGAAAGUAUUAUGAAGCAAUGCUGGAAUAAUGAUCUGUUAAAGAGACCUAAUUCAUCACAAUUAGUGUCAAAAUUUAACAAGAUCAUUGGAUUGAGUAAGAGAUAUGACUCGAAUAAGGCUAUUUAUAAAGAAUCUAAUGCAGUGAAAAUAAAUGGUCUGAGCUUUAUGCAAGAAAAUGCUUCCACGUCUAAAGUUCAGAAAUCGCCCAAAGAUGAAUUAGAAGCUGUAGAUGAAGAUUAUCAAACUUGGGAAAUUGAGUUUAAUUUGUAUCUAUCAGAAUAUUUAUGUCAUAUUGAUUUAUCAUCUGAAUUCAAAUUUAAAAGAUUUUUUCCAUUUAAAAGAUAUUCACCACCUGAUAUUGAUUUGCCUUUACAUAAACCCCAACAUUCAUUUGAAGACUUUGAUGAUAAUUAUGCUGAUAAUUAUGAAAUUGAUAAAAGAUAUACAACUCAAAAAUACAAAUUUACUUAUAAUG